CAAAGUGAGCCUAGGCCAGGCAGAUCACGAAGCCACUAUCUUCAGUGCUAAUUUGCCUGCCAUACGUCCCCGUGCUCUUAGAUCGGUUGAAUCAUAACAAAUUCGUACCAUGCAUUAAACCCCACCCAGAAUCUCGGUUGAGAUCUCAAUACUCGCGUCGCCAUUCAAGAUAUAUCAUUCAGUUUACAUCCGCGACAACGCCUUGAUCUCACAUUUGGGUCCUUCCUCGAUUGCCUGUUUAGGCCUACAUCCGAGUCCUCGACUCGAGAGGAUAUAUCUAAACCACCCCGCCAUCAAGUGCUUGAAAUAGCCCCGGAGAUAGCUCGAGAAUAAUUGUCAAUAUGCUAGCAAAGGCCACAUACAACCCAUUGGGCCUGCAAUCUACGCAGACCCCAACGACCUCCUAUUAUACGGGCCCGUCGCAGAAAACCGCUGCCCUUGGUGAUUCGCAGAGUGGCAUGCUGUUUACGAGUCCGACAGAGUCAGAGUUUUCGGAAAAGCCCGAUGGCCUUGACGCCGUACGGUCUUGGGAUGAGAAGCAGGUCAUUGCCUGGCUUCAUAGCAUAAACUGUGGUCAAUACGAAGCUUUGUUCAAAGCGAACAAUGUCAACGGCAACAAUCUGAUCGAAUGUGAUCAGAAAAUCCUGCAAGAGAUGGGCAUAAAGAAAAUUGGUGACCGCGUGCGCAUCUUCGUCGCCAUCAAGCAAUUGCGAAACAAGUCUGUCCUCAACAGAAAGCAAAGAACAAUGAAUCAAUUGGCUGCUCUCGAAGCCGUAUCUUACACAACCGCCUCGUCCGGGCCAUCCCGCCAAUCCAAUCAGCGGCCAACGACAGGUACACGUCGUAUGUCUCGCGCAGCUGAGAGUAGCUCGCAUAAUUACUCUGCCGGCCGGUCGUCAUCGCGACCCGGAUCGCCAUUACGCGCUCAACAGUAUGCCGCAAGCAGCCCGAUGGACACAGGGCGGAAGGAACAGGGACCAGGCUACUUCAGCCAUCAGUCAUCUGCUGGGUCGAUGACCAGCCGAAAACCAGGCACUCCCAGUGAAAAUGGUCACAGUAAUCGGAAUGGCUCACACUUGAGACAGAAUCCCAGUCUCGACGGCUUGACGAUGGGACAGUUGCCAAACUCGCCUGUCAUCAGAGUGAUAUACACCGGUGGUCAGACCAAAGUGCUGGACAUCAAACAUUGCAAAACCGCAGAUGAAAUUAUCCUGUGUGUGCUGAAGAAGCUACAGCUUCCGGAGCAUCAGUAUCGCAACUAUUGCUUUUAUGUGAUGGAUGGCUUGGAGCCCGAUCCCUCGAAUUGCAGAAGACUUGCCGACCAUGAACUCAUGGAAAUAUGCGAAAGCAGUCACAGGCCAGAGCGUGGCCGUCUUAUCCUUCGCAAAAUUCAUGCUGGGGAACCAGAUACCGAUGAGCUUCGUCGGGCUUCUCAACUAGCGGUAGAUGAAAGCCAAGUUGCUCACAUGAACGCUUUGAGCAGUUCCAAUGUGCGCAACCAACUCAAAAUCCAGCAGCUGACUGGAGAGUCGUGGCUCAACAUCCGACAGCCGAUGUCUCCGGUCUCAUCCCGACAAAAUCAAGCACCGAGUGAGCACGAACUGCGGUCAGUUAGUUUGGAACGCCCAUCUCCCUCUGCUGCCAAAUUGCGGUCGUUCUUCGGUGCUCGUCCCCCAAGUGAGAUGAUCAUACACGAGAUCACAUCGUACUUCCCUAGUCAUCAUCGGGAGGAUAUCGAGAAGACAAUGCGAAUGUCGGUUCGGAGGUCACAGCGCUUGAGCCGUGCAGCAAGUCGCCUGAGUGUCGUCAGCAAUACCAGCUAUGCAUCUAGUCUCAGGGACGCGCCUCCAAUGCCGAGCAUUGCAGAUACUUGGCUUAAUGCUGGAGGAACACCGACCCGUGCGUCGAGACCUCUGUCUGUAUCGAAAUUCAGCCUCCCGUCAAUGAGCUACAGGGACUCAAUUGCUUCGAGCUCCUUGCAACCGCUUCAAGAAGAGUCGCCGAUCGAGCCGAACCGCAAGUCAUAUGUUUCUUUUGAUAGUGGUUCUGAUGACCCUACAACAUCCCGUCAUAGUCUUCUCGAUGAGAACGCAAGCGUUGCUGCAACUGACGGUGGUUCGCUUAAUGAACGACUGAGCAUUCUGGUGGCUGAAGAUGGAGAAGAGGAGGAUGAUGGCCUCAACGACUUUUUGGCUGGAAACAACUUCGCUCCAAAGAACUGGAUGAAGGGUUCAUUGAUUGGGGAGGGCUCCUUCGGCAGUGUCUUCCUCGCGCUUCAUGCGAUUACGGGAGAGCUUAUGGCUGUGAAACAAGUGGAGAUUCCCUCUGCGACAAAGGGCACGGAAUUUGACAAGCGCAAGAACAGCAUGGUCACCGCGCUCAAGCAUGAGAUUGAACUUCUCCAAGGAAUGCAUCAUCCAAAUAUUGUGCAGUAUCUUGGCACUGCCGCAGAUGAUCAGUAUCUGAACAUUUUCUUGGAGUAUGUGCCCGGAGGGUCUAUUGCUACUAUGCUCAAGCAGUACAAUACCUUCCAGGAGCCUUUGAUCAAGAAUUUUGUUAGGCAGAUUUUGGCGGGGUUGUCCUACCUUCACAGUUGUGACAUUAUUCAUCGUGAUAUCAAGGGUGCCAACAUCCUCGUCGACAAUAAAGGAGGCAUCAAGAUUUCCGAUUUUGGUAUCUCGAAACGGGUGGAAGCCUCGACUCUCCUCGGCGCUCGUGCCAGUGGUACAGGCGGUGGACACCUGCACCGCCCCUCACUGCAAGGUAGUGUCUACUGGAUGGCACCGGAGGUGGUCCGUCAGACGGCGCAUACGAAGAAGGCUGACAUCUGGAGUCUGGGAUGUCUGGUGGUUGAAAUGUUUAUUGGAGCUCACCCGUUCCCCGACUGCAGUCAACUGCAAGCCAUUUUCGCCAUCGGCAGCAACAAAGCCCGGCCACCAGCACCAGAGCAUGCUAGUCCAGAGGCCGUGGACUUCCUGGACCAGACCUUCCAAGUCGAUUAUGAGCAGAGGCCAUCAGCAGACGAGUUGCUGACUUGUCCGUUCCUGAAGACUCCUCUUGCUGGCUAAUUUCCUGGUAAGGCUCGAGUACCACCAGCCCCUUGGCGCUCUGGUUUUCCCUUCAAUUUCACCGGUCGAAUUUUGAUAUUUUAAUACCCAUUUGUUCUGCGUGGACGUCGUUUUUUUUUUAUCAAUUGCAUACUUGGGUCUGCUUUGUUCUUUUUGCAAUUUC